AGAAAUUCUUCAGCCUUGGUGAAUCAUGUUCGGCACCGUCUACCUCCCUUACAUCAAAUUCUGCAUUUUCAUGGGGGAUUUGGGGUUCUUUUCCAACGCCUUCUUUGGCUUCAUUCUGGUGUACUUAACGUUGUUCUACAUCAAACGGCAGUUCGGAUCCUACAAGUACUUGCUCGUCAACUUUCAAUUAUUGGGCUUCAUCUUCGCAUCGUUUGAGUUCUUGUUUCACACGUUCCUGCACACCUACAACGCCAGCUUGAUCUACUUUAGUCUUUCCCGCCCAUUGGGACUAUCAAACUUCUCAAUGGAAUGGAUGAUGGGAAUCUACACAGGACUGUACUCUGCAACAAUCUGUCAGCUGGCAAUUCAAUUCAUUUAUCGGUACUGGGCACUUUUUGAUACUCCGAAGAUCAAAUAUUUCCAUGGAUGGUACUACUUGAUUUGGGUGUCCUAUUACUCAUUCUUCGGAGUCCUAUGGGCAUUUGCAGUUGGGCAUUUCUUUGCGAUGGAUGACUUCGGAAGAGAAUACCUUGGUGGGGAGAUACUUCUUCGUUACGAGAGGAACAUCACAGAUAUCCCUGUGCUUGGCCUGAUUGCCUAUGAAGGUAAUAGCAUCCGCUGGAGGAAUGUCUAUGGGCUCUCUCUAAUGACAUUGAUCUCCACAAUUCAAUACUCGGUUAUAUUGAUUUGUGGGCAUCAAAUGUAUCAUGGAAUGCGCGCCAAACUCUCCGUCCUAUCCGCCCAAAACCGUCGCCUUCAUAAGCAAUUCUUCAGAGCCCUCGUGAUACAGAUCACUGCGCCCACAAUCAUACUGUUCUGUCCAGUCUUCUUCAUGAUCUAUGCUCCAUUUGCAGACUUGGAAAUGAGCUUCCCGUCUUGUAUAAUUCAGAGCGGCUUCACAGUAUACCCAGCUCUCGAUUCAAUUAUCAUGAUGAGCUGUGUUUCUGAGUAUGGUAGAGCGUUGAAAAAGCUAAUCUGGAACACUCGGCAAAAGUACACAGUAAGGUCUCCGGGGCCGGCGGCGGACGAAAGUAAAGAGACGGUCAAGACUGGGAGCAAGGCGAUUACUACUAAACUUUGAUGAUUUUUCUAUAUUUUCUUCCAAAUAAUAAAAAAGGAGGAAUUAUUA